GACGGUUCCCUUUUCUCUAUAAAGUCAACCAAAAAUAUGAUAAAAUUUUUAUUUGUGUCUUCUAAUGAUUCAAGUCAAAUUAGCAGUUAUUCGUGUAUUUAAAUUUGUUUAAUUUAAGAAAUUACAUUCACUGAUUCAGUAUCGUUUUCGUGACGACAAAUCUCAAGAUGGCGAUGCAAGCAGCGCGUCGACAAAAUGUGAGGUUACCGCCAGAAGUGAAUAGGAUCCUGUACAUCCGGAACCUCCCAUAUAAGAUCACAGCGGAGGAAAUGUAUGAUAUCUUCGGCAAAUAUGGUGCAAUCAGACAAAUCAGAGUUGGCACCAGUCCCGACACAAAAGGCACAGCCUACGUCGUCUAUGAGGACAUCUUUGAUGCUAAGAAUGCAUGCGAUCAUCUCUCUGGGUUCAACGUGUGCGGCAGAUACCUCGUUGUCCUGUACUACCAGCCGAACAGAGCUUUCAAGAAAGUGGACCAAGCCAAGAAACAAGCAGAUUUGGACAAGAUGAAAGCAAAGUAUGGUCUCAGUACACCCGAGAUCAAGUAAUUGCCCAACAGAGAACAUUACGUGGACAUUUGCGAUCAGUUCGACGGACAGUUUAGCCCAAAGGGACUCUUGGUUCUGCAACGAGAAAGUCAGCUCCGAUGCUUUGCCUCUGUAAACACAAAUGUGUCUUGUCGGGGUAAUUUCUGCGGAUCGGAGGCUCAAGUUGAUGGCAAUGAUGGAUAAAGAUGAAACCGUCACUGUGUUUGAUCGUGUGGGGUGUAUGAAAACUGUAGACAUCUUCACAUUUUGGAUACGUACAACUUAUUUCCCAUAUUCAAGUUAUAUUUUGUAUCGGUUGAUUUUUUUGUUUAUGUGGUUUGUAGAGUUGAUUAUUCCAUAAAUUUGGGAUUCAAAAGUGUGUCAUUUUUUGUGUGUCCCUAUUACACCCACCCUGUGUAAUUUGCCACGCAAGUAUCAUUACAAUUAACUUCACAAUAUUUUAAGUUUGUUUGACUGGUGCUAAGCGUAAUCACUCUUGGAGUUAGAAGGCGUUAAAAACUGCGUCCUGAGUUUACAGAAUCUUAUCUCAGAUGUAACAGGGAGACGAAAACAAUUGCACCCCAAAUGUAUGGAAUGACCAGUUGCAUGCAAAGUGUUGUCGUCUUUUUUAGACCAUUAUCAUGUUGCGGCCAUCUUGAUUUUUUUCCCAUUCAAAUCAACGUAACCAAAGCGAGGCUGCAAGGAAAAAUAGUCUGGUUCUUUUUGCACAGAAAACAUUAUCAUUCAGUACUGUUAUUGGAUAUAGGGAACAUGACUAAAAUGGUGGCAGCACGAUAAAGGUAUAUUACAUUGAAAUUUACAACUGAUAGUUCCCCCAUUGAGAAGCAUUUGUCAAUGUUUGUUUUUGUCAGCCAAUGUAUUUUUCGUUGAAAGGGGAACAAGGUAUCAAAAAAACAAUAUUUGUUUACCGUGUUCUGCGGCAUCAAAAUUUUAGUGUCCUAUUCCUGGACUAAAUUUAGACACAUGCCAUAAUUACAAGGAACUUGGAACGAAACCUGCAGGAAAAAAAAUAUUUGGACAGGAGAGUCCAUGUAUCCUGA